AUGGCCGUGUGCACUGUCAAUCAUGUCAUGAAGCACCCAGGACUUACAAGGUGGCUGCUGAAGACAGCAGACGGACAGGACCUGGUUUUCGCUGGCCAAGGCCAUCUCUUGGGCUACCUGGCUGCCAUCCUGGCCAAGUGGCUUCUGCUGGGAAGGAAGGUGGUGGUCAUGCACUAUGAGGGCAUCAACAUUUCUGACAAUUUCUGCAGAAAUAAGUUAAAGUACCUGGCCUUCCUCCAUAAGCAGGUGAACACCAACCCUUCCCUAGACUACCCUCCUUCCUGGGCCCCUAGCUACAUCUUCUGGUGGCCCUGCAAGACCAAGUGGGGCCAGGCUGCCCUGGACUGCCUUAGGGUAUCUGAUGGCAUCCCACUGCCCUAUGACAAGGUGGUUCCUACUGCCCUUAAGGUUGUGGGACUAAAGUCUACCAGAAAAUUUGCCUCCUUGGGGUGCCUGGCUCAUGAGGCUGGUGGGAAAUACCAGGCAGUGACAGCCACCCUGGAAGGCAAGGAGGAGGCCAAGAUCCAGUACAGGAAGAAACAUGUGAUUGCAGGAACAGGCCACAAACACCUGAAGAAGACAAGUGACAAAUACACAGAGGUCCUAAGACCCAGGGACUCCUGGUUUGAGACCAGUAAAGACUGUUUAUUCCUCAUGCUUGGCCUGGCCUACCCUUGUGCCAUUGCCACUGUGGAAUAUGGGGGACCCUGCCCUUCCUGCAUCACUGCCCUGGGAUGUGGGGGAUCUAGGGGUGGCAAUCUGCGGGGCACAGGCAGCCUGGGACUUAAGCUCAGGGCAAGGGAAGGGCCUUAG